AUGCUCAUAAUUCCCACCAUAGACAGUAGCAGCGAAAGGCGUGGCUUGUAUAGUGUGACACAAGGUAAGACUUGUAGCUUUGAGUUGAAUGUGUAUUACAGUAAGAGGUUCUGUGGUUCUUCCCAUGGUUGGUUGGCUUGUGUGGAUGAGAAUCUGGUAGUAACCCUCUUAAACCCUUUUACCGGGUGUACCAUUAGCCUUCCACCAGUCCCCAAAUCCACUUGGAGAUCGACGGUAGCUUAUAGAUGUGAUUACUACAUUAAUAAAGUUGUAUUGUCUGCAGACCCUUCUUUUCUUCCUAAUGACUAUGAAGUAUUGGUCAUCUAUGAUGGCUAUGGGAAACAUAUAGCCCAUUUUAAAUCAGGGGAUGAUGCUUGGACUAGCAUAGAUCAAAUGAUCGGAUUCGAUGAUGUAAUUUAUUAUAAAGGCCAGUUUCUAGGUGUUAGUUUGGGUGGUAGUGUUUUUUCGAUGAAUGUUAGCAGGGAUCAAACUACUAAACCCCAUGUAAGCUUACUUGUGCCAAUGGAUCCAGGCACAGACAAUAAACAUACCUUGUGCAAUCAUCCAAGGGAGAUCUUUUGCUGGUUAGGAAGUUCAAACGAGUAA